AUGAGUUCAAACGCCAGCAAAUUAUUCAGAGUCCAAAUUGUGAACAAGGAGAACCUUCUCAGCGGCCGGGAAGUUAUCGGCCUCAACGGGGGAUGGCUUUACAAUGACGAAGUAAAGGACAGAGCGGGCAUAGCCCCUCACCCCGCCUUCCGUAGCAGCCAAGGCUACCUCUACGAGAAGGAGCUAGCGCAGCGAGAGGCGAAGCGAGACACAACGAAACCCAACGGGAUGAAGUUUGCAACCCCCGGACACCCGACGUCGAAAAAGAUCAAAAAAGAACAACGUUCCAAACCCAGGACGCAAGAGAAGUGGGAUUCCUACGUGGAGAACUUCAUCAACAUGCCCUGCCCUGAGAAAGUGGCUUUGGACGGCAUCCAGGGCCCCUUGGAAGAGACAAUGGAGUGGGCAUAUCCACCGUCAAAAUUCCUGUUCGUCGGUCUGCCAUCCCUGCAGACGAUAACGCACACGGCCGCCACGGGCGUCUCGUUCCGACAGCACAUCUUCGCGCUCCAGAUUACCAAAUACCUCCUCGGCCGAGUCCUCGUUAACUACGACGAAGUGGAGACAAAGCUGAACCCUCAGAUCAUCAUCGACUCGACUCACCUGACGCGCGCGGACCGCGAAGUCGUCCUUGAAAAGUAUGAACAGAAUAUCGGUGGCUUAGGCUGCAAAGUCCAACUAGCCUCCAUCGCUAGCAUGUUGGAUAUGGACAAGAGAGGCGCCUUCGUUAUUAUGUUCCAGCCAGAGAACCCGCUGCGACAGAUGUUUGCCGAGCAAGCCGCCGCCGCCUUCCAAGACGAGGGGAAUCACGCCAUAGAGAAGCUUCCACAGGCAGUGCUCUGUGCUCCAUGGAAUGUCGACAACGUAAUGCGGGACACUAAAUGGUUCGACGGAGAUAGGACCUCGGACCUAGUAUAUGAGUGGCUUCACGACCGAUAUAGGUCCAUCCCAGUCACGUCUGGAGAAGAGCUGGAAGGAGACAACCAGAACGUGUCUGCUUUUGGGGAAACGCAUCUUCAUCUGCGCAAGGAUCUCUAUCUUGCGGGUGCUUCGGGUGCAGUUACUCCCAUGCCAGGGCUCACUCCCUUACCUGGGAACUCGCCCGAGCCGAUGCAGGGUGUGUCUCCAUCGACGAUGCUUCAAGUCCUGGAGCCGGCUGAAGCGGCGGUGUCUCUGGGCCACAGUAGGGCACCAACCAGUCAGAAGAGGGAGUCGCCGAAGCUUCCACUGGUAGAACUGCCCGCACCUCCCCCUGCGGUAGUUUGA